AUGGUAUCCAAGAAACCUGUUGCCCUUGUUGUAGGCGCCUCCAGAGGCAUCGGCCGUCAAGUCGCCGUUGACCUCGCCCGCAAUGGCUACGCUGUUGUUGUUGCUGCAAAGACUAUCAGUGAUCCCUCCAAUCUACCAAAACUCUUUCCUCCAGAUCCCAACUCUUCCGCUUCUACCAUCACAACAGUUGCUCGUGAGAUUACUUCUGAGGGAGGCGACGCUACUGCUAUUCAGGUCGACGUCCGCUAUCCCGAAAGUAUAGAUGCUCUUGUAUCGAAUACUAUCUCCACUUAUGGCCGUCUGGAUGUUCUCAUCUACAACUCAGGCGCCAUCUUCUGGGCCCCUGUAUCGUCGACUCCCGUAAAGCGCUUCCAACUCAUGCAGCGCGUCAAUCCAGAAGGACUCUACGCAACAGUCCAAGCUGUUCUUCCUCAUAUUUCUUCUUCGGGUCGGAUAGUUGUUGUUAGCCCGCCUAUCUAUAGUCGUUUCUUCCGUGGCAAGACCGCAUAUGCUAUGGGCAAGGUUGGUAUGAGUGUUCUCACAAAGGGUCUUGCCAUGGACUUUGAGCGCGAGGGGAAGAAGGAUAUGGCCAUCACAUCGAUUUGGCCAGCUGUGGCCAUCGAGUCGGCUGCUACAGAGAAAUUCACAAGCAAAAACCCGGAAGAAGCCAAUGAUUUACGAAAGGCAACCAUCUUCUCCGACGCUAUCCUCGAGAUUCUCAAAGCUUCUCCAAGCCUUGUGAACGGUGAGCUCCUACUAGAUGAAGACUUCCUCCGCCAACAUGCGGGAAGAACCGACUUCUCCAAAUACAAUGUAGUCCCAGGUGCCUCACCACGGAGGAUCAUGCCUCAAAGUCUCCCAGACUUGACUGUAGCAGAGCAAGCAGAUGAGGGCAAGCGCUACGACAGCACAAAGGAUAAACCCAAGCUAUAGAAUUAUUGAAGAUCGCUAUUGUUUCAAUAUAUGUAGGAAAAAAGAGACCGUAGUACAGGUAGCUAGCUACUGGCACGGGG